AUGUUUCUCAUUUUAACAACUAUUACGUUACCGAAAGGAUGUCUGCUCUACAAUCGGUCAACAUUACUGACGGAUCGCUAACUGUCCUUUUCGACGAUGGAACUUCUAUAGUGUUUGAAGACGUCUGGUUAAGAGAUCAAUGCAGGUGUUCAGCAUGUUACAAUUCAACCACGUUCCAGAGAGUUCAGCAUUUACUAGACAUACCAGAUGUGACCAUUACCAGUGUGGAAUAUGACAAGAGUCAAAUUCUCAUCGUGUGGAGUGACAAUCAUGAGUCCAUCUAUAAAGCAGAAUUUCUAUCAGAAUUUGAGUAUUCAGUUUGGACCAACAAGAGAAGACGAAGACCACUACUCUGGCGAGGAAAGGAAGUAGCAAGUAAAGUAGCGAAGGUCCAUGUCGACAAGUUUCUUAACUCUGUGGAAGGCGCUGAAAUAGUUUUCACAAGUCUCAUAGACUAUGGUGCUGCUCUUAUAGAAGGGGUGGAAGUAUCACUAGAAGCGACGGAGAAAGUAUGUAAAGCGUUGGGCGGUGUACAGCACACGAUGUUCGGCGGGAUGUGGGAGGUGACCAAUGUUAUGCUGCAUGCGGACACUGCGUACACCAACGUGCCUCUGGCAGUCCACAAUGAUAACACUUACUUCAACGAAGCUGCUGGGCUUCAAGUUUUUCAUUGUUUAGAACAUAGCAAUGGUAGUGGCGGUGAAUCAAUUCUCGUGGACGGAUUCUAUGGAGCUUCGCAGCUAAAGAAAGAGUUCCCAGAGGAUUAUGAAUUUCUGACAAACUUCGACCUUGAAGCACAGUAUUUGGAGGAUGGCCAUAACUUCAGAUAUGCUGCGCCGGUCAUACGAUUAGACAAGUUUAAGGAUAUUCAGCAAAUAAGAUUCAACGUCUACGAUCGCACAGCGAUGGCAUUCUCCAGCCAGGAGGAAUGCAGGGCUUACUAUCGUUCGCUGAGGAAUUUAUCAAGAUACUAUGAAAAUCUGGAAUGCCAGUGGAAGUUUAAACUUGUGCCGGGAACCGCUUUGGUGUUUGACAACUUCCGUCUUCUCCAUGGUAGGACGGGGUUCACAGGGAAACGUGUGCUUGGCGGCAGUUACGUCGCGCGCUCUGAGUGGCUCAACAAAGCACGAGCAUUACGUGUUAUUAAUUGAAAUGUUAUAUUAGUACAUGUUAUAUUAGUACAUGUUAUAUUAGUAAAUGUUA